AACUAACUUAUAAAUUAGCUCUGGAGCGAAUGUUGUUGUUUUGAUCUAGGCUAGCUGUCAGUCUUAUUUUGUCAAGGGAACUGCCUUGUUACCAACCGACUGAAUAAGAUUGAUGGUAUAAUAAAGUGGAAUGUCUCGUGACAACAGCGAGAGAGAAGCACUUGCAGAUUGGGCCCUUGUGUCCAGUGAGGGGAACAUUGAGGCAGAGGAGACAUCUAGCAGUAGUUCCAGUGAUGAGUUUGUUAACGUCACUCAUGAGGGUGUGGUCUUUGGAAGACACCGAUCUCCUUCCACAGAGACGGACUCACAACCUAAGAGCAUCGCCUCAUCGGAGAUGUCGGCCCUGCUACAGAGCUCCCUAGAUGAGAUAGACAAGGUUGAAGCUAUGAAGGACUCUUGGCCCCUAGCUGACAAAGCCAGGCAGGAGAUGGGAGAUCCAGCUCAGGCAGAAGGUCUUCUUGGUGCCUCACUAACAGCCAGUGCAGCCUCCACUGGAGAUGAGUCUACUGAUAUUAUAUCAGAGGAUGAAGAGGAGGACAAUGGAAAGAAUCCAGAGCCUUCUCAUGAUGUUUUGUUGCCAUCCAACAUCAAUAUAUUGUCUUCCCUGUCUUCCCUAGCACAAGUCCCAGGACUUGCUGCUUCUGCUGAUUCUUCACAUCCUGGUGCUGAUGAUGGUGCUGAAGCUUCUGAUGAUGGGGUCAUUUCUCUGUCCACUGAUUCCAUGAAGAGUUCAGGGUGUGACAGUUUGGUUCUGAGUUGCCAACACUCCGAGGCUGAUGUUGGUGUAGAGGUGGUUCCAGAUGCUGAGAUUCUCAAGGCUGAUCAGUCUCCUGUUGUCUCCACGCUCUCGGGUUUCAGGACCACAGGUGCUGAUGAUGUUGUAUAUACUGCAGCUAGAGGAAAGCACAGUGAUGAAGCUGCUAAGGAUGGUGAUGAGGGAGCUGAUGGAGAAGAUACACAGUGGCUCAAGUAUCCAUUGGACAACUCAUCAGAUGAAGGAUGUCACACUAUCAGAUUGGGUGAUGGGCGUGUGAUUGUAGCGCCACCUGGUGCUGACCUCGCGAGUUUGGCUGCAAGUCUGGACAUCACCAACAAGUCCGACACGUCCAGUGACUCUAGCGAUUCAGAUUUUGUGUGUCUUGAUGCCCUGUCAUCUGGUUCGUCAUGUAAUUCUGAUACGGAAGGAGAUGAGGUGUCUCGGGAGCAGUUAACUGCCCCUACUGCAGCAGAAAUGGAGGCAGCUGUACCAGCUGUAGACAUCAUGGCAGAGUCUGUGUCAUCUGUGAGUUUAGGCUUCCGUUUCCUGCCUCAGCAAAUCGAACCAGUACAAGCUGUCCAAGAUCCUAGUAUACUGGACUUGCACUUGCUACAACCUGCUGUGUAUGAUCAACCGGUAAUGGACCACCCCAGGCUGCAUCCAUCAAGUUUGGACCCCCCUAUGCAGGAUCCACAAAUGCAGGACCCCCAUGUGCUGGACCCCCCUAUGCAGGAUCCACAAAUGCAGGACCCCCAUGUUCUGGACCCCCUUAUGCAGGAUCCACAAAUGCAGGACCCCCAUGUGCUGGACCCCCCUAUGCAGGAUCCACAAAUGCAGGACCCCCAUGUGCUGGACCCCCCUAUGGAGGAUCCACAAAUGCAGGACCCACCUAUGCAGGACCCCCAUAUGCAGGAUCCACAAAUGCAGGACCCUCCUCUGCUGGCUCAACCAGUGGUGGCUGACCCACCAGCUCUUGUCCUGCCCCCUGUAGUAGUAGCACCUGUUGUUGAAGAUGAUGAUGAAGAUGGUGAUGGGGAUACUGAGUCAGUGUCAGGGCAUAGCAUUGAUGAUCGGGUUGAAAGUGAUCAAAGUGAUCAAAACUCUGUACAGCAAAAUGAGGAUGAUGACCAGCCUUUUGAUGAUAUCGGGGAUAUCCCAUUGGUUGCUGGCAAUGUUGCAAGGCAAUAUAUCCACAAGCCCAACAAGCGUCUCAACUGGACUCUGGACAUCAUGGUCAUCAUGGUAGUUCUACUAGCGAUUGGCAUCGGGAUUGGACACUCAAUAGGGUCAGUGAGGGAGCAUUACCUUCAACAUGAGAAGAACAUGGCCCAUGAGCAUCAUCUGUCUGUCCUGAAGCAGGACCUGUUCCAAUGUCAAAAACAGAAGAUGUACACUGAGGACAUGAGACAGGAGGAGACAAAACUGAGACAUCAGCUGAUUGCAAAGCAAGUAAAAACCAACAGUGAGCUGAGAGAUCAGCUGACCAUCUUGGAGAAGGAGAUGAUCACCAAGAUAUCAGAAGAGGUGAAGAAUGAAGAGAUCAAGAAAGAUCUCCGACAAACCAGCAUAGAUUUGAAGAAUGAGGUGAACCAACUGCAGCAUGACAAUGCUGAGCUGACAUCUAGACUUGCUGCCAUGCAGUACAAAACAGUCCUACCAGAUCAGAAGGCAAUGGAAAGUGAGAGGGUCAUUGAGGAGUUGAAGAACAGGCGAUCCUUCUGGAAGUUGAAAAUGAUGAUCUCAAGGCCGAGAUUCAGCGUCUGCGUAAUCUCCUUCAGGCCAACAAUGAUGCUGAUGACUGUCAGUGUGGAAGAUGAUAGCUAUGAGUCCAUGGAAGAGCUGUCGGAAGUGACGUCAGCAACAUGUCUCACUGAAGGUCAUGGUCAUGUGACAGAUCUGAAAGCGCGUAUCAACUUGUUGGAACAGGAGAAUGCAGACAUGAGGGCUGAGAUAGGUCGGUUGCGGUACAAGUCUCACCCUGGGAAUGUACACAGCGAGCUCCCAAGGGUGCAGGGUGUGACUGAAGAAGAUGACUGGAUUGUACAGCCAACACAGGAUGACAUCAAUGAAAAGGCUCUAGAGCUGCCUAUGUCAGAGGAAGAGAUCCAGCAGCUGAGGGCAGAGUUAUCCUGGUCUCAAAAGCAAGCAGACACCUGGCAGAGACUGUACCUCAAUGUGAAGGACAAACAUGCUCACACUACAUGUAACAUCUCCAUCAACUUCCUCACAUGCAUGAGGCUCUUCACCCAACAAUUGAACAACUCUAUGAACACCACAUCCAUCAAGGAGUUCCUCAAUGUAACUAAACUGAUGCUGUCAGUGGAAGAUGUCAAGGAAGCAUUCUUAACUGAGUUUCAGAAUAUAUGGUCCGAGUUUACUGGGUCCAGGAAUCAAGAGGAGGAGGGCAGCAUGAAGGAGGGCCCUCAGAAUGCCCAAAGGAAGUGGUCAGACAGUGUAAAGGAAAUCCUCAAUCGGACUCAGAGCUCCAUGUCAAACAUGAGCCAGCAAAUCAAGGAAACCUGGAAUCAAGUUAAGAAUUUGUCAGAAGAACUGUGGAAGAAACAUGAGCCAGCUUUGUCCAAGGUUGCUAGUAAGAUUACAGAGAGAGUCAAGAAGUUCAGUGAUCAUGUUCAUAAUAAGAUAAAACAGAAGGCAACCAAGUGGUUUAAGAAGCAGGAGAAGAGAAAAAGGAAUGAAGCAAGCAAAAACUCAAAAAAAACUCCCAAAGAUGAAAUGAGACAUGGAUUCAAGAGCAGUCAAAAUAAGAGAGAGUCUGGCAAGUGGCGUCAAUCUCAGAAACGACAUGGACAGCAGAACCAGCAAGACAGGGAGCAGUCACGGAAGAGGCAUCGAGAAACAGUGGAGGAACACAGUAAGAUGUACAAGGAAGGACACAACAGACAGGAGACCAAUUCCUUGAGGCAGAAGAUGAGGAAGCAGUUCAAGCACCUCAAGACAAUGAUGCAGCAGAUGAGUGAGGAGAGGCAUCUAGAAAUGACUCGGGGUAAUCUCCAGGAUAUAUGCGACUUUUUCAUCCGUUUCCAGACAGACUGGGAUAUAUACAAGUGGCUGGAGAGGUCUGAUGUACAAUGGAUCAUUUGUCAGUCAGCCUGGUGGCAUGACCGUCUUCACAGUUUGAUUCCAUCCCGCAAUCCGGUCUGCAAGGGUAAGAUCUAUGGGUGGCAGUUUGAAUGGGGUCCGUCCAGCAACAAAAAAGGUACGUUUAAGACAAAACGUGGGAAAUUGGAGCAUGUUAAGAAACUGAAGAGAAAGAUUAAAGAAAAAAAUCUUGCAGCAGGUCAGGCUUACAACUAUGAAAAGGAGAAGAUGAUUGUGGAGGAAGAGUCCCAUAAUGAGACAGAAUGGUAUGAACAAAGGGCCAGGGACAGGGAAGAGAUGAGAAAGGAGUGGCGACAAGAGAGACAAAAGCUGUUUGACAAGGAUGGAGAAUGGUAUGACGCCAUGAUGAAAAACAGAUUGCACCAGAGAAAGGCUGAGCACAAGUCAGACUGGAUGUUUGACAGGGCAGCAGACCGAGAAGUAGAGAGGUCAGAGGACAAGUAUAUUCCUACUCACACAUUUGCUGAGCCGAUGCAUCACAGUGGCCAACCUGAUCCAAGAGCUGCAUGGCUGUUUGUCCGAGCAGAGGAACAAGACUAUCACCACACUGAACCCAAUUCCUGGUAUUUCCAAAGAGCAAAAGGGAGAAGUCAGGGUCAGCGCAAUGAUUAUUAUGAUGAUGAUCAUGAUGAUGAUGAAGUUGAUGAUGUUAGAUCUUAUUAUCAUGAUGAUAGAUAUGGAGAUUAUGAUGCCCGAUAUGAUCUUUGAUGAUAUGUUGUAGUAGAGAUAAUGUAUUUGGAUAUUGUGAACAUGGAUAUACCUACUGUCCUAAUUUUGCGGCUGUCGUGCUAAACCAAAAUGUGAUAAUGACAUGUUGUGAUAGAUAAGUUGGGUGUCUCUAAUUUUGUUUUCAGUUACCUAUUUGAGCUCACAGAUAAUUGUCACGUGAUUAACUUAUUAUACGUGCUAAUUGGUUUGUUUCACUCACCAUGCUUUUUGCAUAAAAUUUGAUUUUAUCAAAAAUAGUUUGCUUGGUUUUAUUUUAAAGUCUUGAUUUAACAAGAAUGAUUCUGUUUGGUUUUUAAAAUAUUUUAUGGGUGUUUGAUAUUAAUAUGAUUCAGAUGUGUUUCAAGUACCAGAGCUUUGUUUGGUCCAAUGGAGUAGAUAUCAUAUUUAGCUUGUGCUGUUGCUGCUGUGAAAAAUGCAUUCGUUACUGAAAAAGUAAUUAAAAGUUGUAUUUCACAAGAGAACACAAAAGACUAUAUAUAUAUAUAUAUAUAUGUGUAUUGAUGGUGUGCUUUUUAUAUUGUUUCCUUUGUGCUUUUGGAUAAAAUUAAAAUCUAAUACCAGUGUGAUUCCAGGUGCAA